AUGUCAUUCCGGGUGAAGCGGCGGGUGGUGCGCGCCGCCAUGGACGCCAUCUCCUCAUGGAAGGUGGUCAAGGGGGACACGGUUGUCAUCCUGGCGGGUAGGGACGCCGGGCGGCAGGGCGUGGUGGAAAAGGUGCUGCGCAAGAAGAACAAGGUCAUUGUGGACGGGCUCAACUUGGUCAAGAAGCACAUGCGCAAGACUGAGGUACUCGACGGCGGCAUCUUUACCAAGUCGGCCGCUGUUCCGGUCGCCAACGUUGCGCUGCUGGAUCCCAUCGAUGGCAAGCCGACCCGUGCAGGGUGGGCUCGCGACGAGGCCGGUAAGCGCAUUCGCAUUAGCAAGCGCUCUGGUGAGCCGAUCCCGCGCCCAAUCCUGCCGCGCCGGGUCCGCGACGUCGCGCCCGAGCUGGACGCCGCUCUGGACACAUCCGCUGAGGUUGUGGCAGAGUCGACGUUUGUGCCGUUCAAGAUCAAGCUGUGAGCAACGUUACGCUCGGCGUGGCGGUGUUCGCUGCGACGAUCGACUCGAGCCUGGUGCGGCACCGGCAAGCAAAUUGCUGUGCCGCGAGAUCUCGAUCGCGCGCUGCUUGGGGCAGUGGCGGGGCCACGUGUUGCGUUGCCUGGAGUCUGUCCGUAGACGAUAAAUACGAAUGUCGUUGUGUA